AUGGAUGCACAUGAUAGGAGUUAUAAAGAUUGGCGUAUUCGUGCAUUCCUACAGUUUCAAUUAUUAUCUGAUUUUUGUCAAUUAGCUGACGAGACAAUCAAUGAUGCUGUGAAACGCUAUCUUUCUCAAUUAUUUAUUGCUUCUUUUGUAAUAAACGAAGACGAUUUCGACAAACAAUUAAAUUCCAGCCUUGAACAUUUUUAUCAAUCAACAAUUCAUAGUUUUGAUUUGAUAACAAAUACUUUACAACUUCUUAUGCAGAUUGAUCAGCUGUAUACAGGAGUAGACCGGGGAGGUCAAUCUAGUACGGACACCAAUCUAAUCGAAGAUGUUGUACAAAAUAAAACAAAUACAACUAAACUAGUAAAGCUGAAAUUUAUUUUAAACGAAAUCGAAGAAAUCAACUCAUCAAUGACUAGAUGUGUUUGUGCAACUGAUCCUUAUUGUAAAGUUCCAGCUGUUAUUUACGAUUCUCUUAAUGCGCCUUGGACUGUCAAUAAUUAUAAUUUAACUUUUAGUGUAUCAGGUUGGAUUCGAGGAUGUCUUACUAUCGAUUCUCUUCUUCAUUCAACACUUCAAUGUUUAUAUGUAGAUUCAGAUUGUUUUCCAUUCUUAUUGAGUUAUACUACAAAGAUGGUUCAUUUACUGGGUCGUAAUCAAUCAUCGCUUGUAAUUCAUCCAAUGGUUUAUAAUCCGACAAUGAGCCAUUUUGUUCCAAAUACACCUGUUUCAACUAUGUUUAGGGAAAUGAUGAUCGAACACUGGAAUCGAUCAUCAUCGUAUCAAUCAUUUUAUAAAUCAUGUGCACCAAUUUAUUGUACUUAUUCAAAAAAAAUUCGUACAGAAAAUUUUGGUGGAGUGGUAAUAAAAUUAAUAGCAACAAUUGGUGGCAUUGUGGCUUUAUUACGAAUGGUGACACCUUAUCUUGUUAAAUUUAUUGCUCAAUUACCAACAAUAUGUAAGAAAAAGAAACAACAUCAACCAAGAGAACGAGUUCAACGUAGUUGUAUCGAUCGAAUGAGAAUCAUGAUACGAAAUCUGAUUAAGCUUUUGUCAACAACUUUAAUUGAAUUAAAUAUAUUUUCAACACGUGAUUUUGGAAGUAAUACUGAUCAAAUAACAGCUAAACGUUAUGGUCGAUGGGCGACUCGUCUUUAUAUUGUUUUAUUUCUUAGCUGUCUGAUUAUCCUUAUCUUUUAUACAAGUAUUCAACCACAUAGUUUAACAAAAACAUUUGAUCAACCAUCUUUUAUUCGUUAUACACAUUUAAAAAAAACUUAUGGAAAUAAAUUAAAAUGUUCAUGCUCAAAAAUAGCAUCAACAUAUGAUCAAUUUGUUGAAAUUAAACCAGAAUUUCAUUCGAUUUGUUCAAGUGAAUUCAUUUCCGAAGACUGGCGAAUCGGUAUAGCAAAUGGUCUUGUUUCUAAUUUAUCUAUUUAUUCACAAAAAGAUUAUCGUCGAUUUAUUUCUGCUCAUAUACAAUAUCUUCAAGGAUUAUGUCGUCUUUCUCAACAAUCAGUCAAUAAUGCUGUUAAUGAAUCGCUAACAUCAUUAUUAGUCACUAUUGAACUUCUCUCUGAACAAAAUUUGUAUGAUUAUGUUAAUAAUUCAAUUGAGCAAAGCAAAUCAAAUGCUCCUAUUCUAUUCUCUCGUCUUCUCUUCAUCACUCGAACUGUUAAUCAUGGAAAUGCUUUCAUAUCAACAUAUGGCUCAAAUUUCGAAUAUACUUCUUUGUUGACUGAAGAUAUGAUUAGUUAUGCAUAUACUGAAGGUAUGAUUUAUGAUAAUGAAUGCUCAUGUGGAUUGUAUUCAAACUGUACAACUCAAGCGACUUUUGUCGAUGAAAAUUCCUUAGAGAUGGUACCAGUGAAAGGAUUAAAAAUGGGAUGUACACCAAGUGAAUCAUGUCGUUUAUCAACUCUCGAGUGUUUUUAUGAUCAAUCAUGUCUUAAUCUUAUUCAAAAGUAUACAAAUUAUCAUAAUUCUUCAAUUCCUCUUUCAACCAACUCCAGUCGUUUUCCAGAGAAUACAAAAAUUGAUGAAUUGAUUAAAAAUUUAUUUAAUGAACAAUGGUUCAAUCAAUCCAACUAUUCAUCUUAUUAUGAACAAUGUUCUCCUUUGUUAUGUUCAUAUACUAAUAUUGAAAGAUUUAAUAUAUUAUAUACGAUUACUCUUUUUCUUGGUCUUCAAGGUGGUUUAGCAAUCGUUCUUAAAUGGAUUUGUCCAAAACUAGUUCGAAUUGUAUCAACAAUCAAUCGUUAUCGAAAAAGACAAAGAACAUCAAUUCAUCCUGACAAUUCUCUUGAAAUAUCAUUUGAUAGUUCUGUUAUUCAUAACACAACUUUAAAUGUUGAAAUUACAACAACCGAUAACAUAACAUCUGAAAGAAUCAUUAUUUCACCAAUUCGGCGUUGUUCUAGUAUAAUUUCGAUAAUUGUAUUACUAAUAUUUUUGAUCGUCGGUGUUAUUAUUUUUUCGAUUUAUUAUGCUCAACAUGUUUCGGCACCGAAUGUAACAAUGGGUGAUAGUUUGAAUACAACAGCAAGUACGGUGAUAUUAACAUCUUCGACUAUACCAGAACCAUUUUGUCAACUGGAAUUUGAAUUGAUAUCAGUCAAUAUGUCUUGUGAUGAAAAUUAUUUAUUCAACGUUUUCAGCGUUGUUGCAGAUUUUAAUAAUGAUAAUCAAGUUGAUCUGAUAUACAUUUGUGACUUUUAUUCCACUCACAAGAUGACUUUAUUAUUUGCCAUUGGUAACGGAAAAUUUCAAGAACCAAUUAUAUUCUCAUUUAAAAGUUUCAAUGAAUUAAAACAUGUCCAUGUUGCUGAUUUUAACAAUGACAAUCGAUCUGAUUUAAUUUUGAUGCACGCGAGUGGAGAGAAUUUUUGGACUAGUGACAAUCAUGUUUUUACUAUUUUACUUGGAAUUGAAAAUGGAACAUUUCAAACGCAAAACAUGUUGUCUCGGGUAAUGCCUCAAAGGCUGCAACAAAUUAGUGUGAUUGAUCUCAACAAUGAUAAGAAAGUAGAUAUCGUUAUGAUUCUUUACAAGGAUUAUAAUGUUUAUGUGAUGUUUGGAAAGGGAAACGCAACUUUUUCAUCAGAAUUUCCCUUAUUUGUAAGGAUAAACUGUGAUCUAAGAGAAUUAGUUGUUGGUGAUGUUAAUAAUGAUAGUUAUUUCGAUAUAGUCGUGUAUGAUCAUAGCUCUUUACAUAUUUAUGUAUUUUUUGGACAAUCUAAUGGAACAUUUCAAUCACCGAAAUGGUUUUUUACUACAAUUGAUGCUAAAAAAUCUAAAAUAGUUAUUGGUGAUUUUGAUAAUGAUGAUCAAUCUGAUAUUGGUUUUAUUUACACGAAUUGGAAGGAUCUUGUUUAUAUGAUAUAUCAAUAUAACAAUAAUAGUUUUAGUGUUAAUGAGAAAGUGAAAACUAUUAUAGAACCUGGUCAAAACUUGCAUUCAGCUUUUGUAGGUGAUAUUAACGGUGAUAAUCAUUUGGACAUUAUUAUUAAUUUGAUUGAUCCAUGUGGAAUCUAUGCAUUACUUGGAUAUGGAAAUGAAAAGUUCUCUAUACAAACCAUUUAUUCAAAUGAAUCUCUAUAUGGUUACACAUGGCUUAGUCUUACUGAUUUCAAUAAUGAUAAUUAUCAAGAUAUAAUUGGUGUGGACUCACGCUCUAAACUCAUAAAUAUUUUCUUAAGCAAGCGCCAAUGUUUAGCAACCUAA